AUGGCAGACAACCAUUCUCGUUACGGUUCUGCGCCGUCUCGCCAGUCUUCGGACCAAUCUCGGUCGCAUCAAGAGGCUUCCGAGCGCCCCCAAAGACCAGUCAUCACGUCGCUGCCAUCCCUCCGCCCUUCCAACUCUACUCCUCGAAGAUCGCCGGCUCCCGGAGGCCAGGCUCCCGACGUGUAUGGUUUUGACGAUAAAUACUCCCUUUUUAGGACUUACAAUAGCUGGCAACCGACGUCUUCUUUGGUAGCCGCCGGCCCAACUUACCCGCAAAGUCCGAGUGUUACAUCAGCCGGAGAGCCGACCAUGGCUUCUUGUAAUUCGACACAGUCAUCUUCGCCUUUUGCCUCUUCGAUCGAUCACAGCCGACGUAAAACUCACAUUUCAAAUACAUCCGCCACUCAUCCUUGGAAGCCUCAUCAAGGUGUCAUGUCUUUGCCGUCAACCCGGCAUGUGUUGAGCCCCCAGUCAAAGACUUCCGGUCCUCGUCUCGGAAGCAUCCGUACUAUUCCAACCUCGCGAGACAAAGCUGGCAACAACGCCGACUCUCAGUCUCAGGAAACAGGUGGGAGCCUAUUCGUUGAUCCAUUUGAUCCAGUUUGUGGCAGUUCUCUGGAUCGCUCUGAUACGUCCUUCCUGGCUCACUCGUCUCCUUUGAGGGUUCCAUCAUCCCCGGGCGACAAUCACAUAGGGGACCUCAGAGUCGCAGCCAAGUUGGAAAGUCGCUCAUACCGGACUGGCUUUUUCCCCGAGGCAGAGCCACUCAUCGCGCGGGACAUGGUUGUCAGCGAGGAUGGUGUCGUUGAGAACAAUCCGGCAGGGAUCCAGAUAUCGGGUUUCAUUCUCGAAAACGACGACACUGGCCCCGCCCCGACAACAGACAAGAGUGCGCGGGAGGCAAAAGCGAGUAGCAAGCACGCCAAAAGUACGAAAUCGAAGGAAUCGAGAACGAUGAAGUUGAUGGCAAGUGGCGAUGAUAUGGUCGCCACAAGCAACCGGCUCACCCAACCCUCUUCGGUCCUGGUUGAGCAUGAACAAACAGCAACGCCGCAUACCGCAGCCUCGUAUUCUCAUACCUCGCCAAACAGUUCAAACUUUCGUACAGAAGAAAUACCUCAAGCAAAGAAGGGCAAAACACAUCAUACGCCAUACGUUACCUGGUGUGGCACACAAGAGAAGGCACCGGCUACUGCAGAGAAACCCGGUGGCAUUCGCGGCUUCAAUCUGAUGUCCAACAUGGCAAUCAGAGCAUCCAAGCCUGUCGUUCGAGUCGUGGCGGUACCGAAGCACACCUCCAAGCCAGGUUCUCAAGAUUCCCGUCUGGGUGACGGUUUGAAAAGGGGCAAACCAUCGACGACAAAUUCGAGGCUGGAGCCAUCCCAACAAAGACUUGCGUCAACUGAGCCUUCUCAUUCUUCGGCCUCCGAGAAGAAUGCCACGAGAGGAACUUCGGGCGUCACUAAGGAGCACGAAACCCCGCCAAACGCGGCAUCGCGCGCAAGAGCAGGUGUGGUAUUCCCGGUCACAUCGCCAUCCACAUCAUCCCGCCAAAGCACGCCAGGCUCACAUACUUCAACAACGCAGGGUCAGAAGCCAAAGGUGUUGAAUCAACGUGGAGUGGAUCCCAGCACACUAGGGUUGGUACCAAUCAACACGUUGCCAGGUCCUCUAUAUGAGCCGGAAUUCCGUGUCGCAGAGUUUGCAAACGCGAAAUAUGCGGCCGCGAUAGAGACCGAUUCCUCGUCUCGUACUUGGGUGAACGCUAGGAUUGGCUUGAAGAUGGGCAGACGCCGUAGCCAGACGCUCCCUGAACCCAACACAGGGAAUGCUGCCAACCGUAGCCUUUCUGCAGCAUCUGCUGAGUGUCGUGACCAUGGUUUUCUUGACCCGACGAACACGUUCUCCCGCCUGACUGACGCACAUCAAGGCACUGGCACUCACCACAGUGAUAUCUUUCAAGCUAAGUCUCUAGUCAAACCCAAUGAAGAGAGCCAAGCUUCGAACGAUCACUACUGGCCUCUGUCUGAAGACGAAGCGUCUGCUCGCAACAUUCGAGAUGCAAAGUCUCGGUACGAUACUCUUCCGUCAGGAAGCCCGCGCAAAAGCAGGGCGCAAGUUCAGUCGGGAUGCAACCCCCUGAUGUCCGAGAAACAGACUGUUGAGGGUCUCGGGUAUCCUGGAAGUUGGCGUGAGAAUCAAAAACGCACAGUGACGUCUUUUCUCAGUCCAAAGUCCAUCCAGGAAGAAGAGCCAGAAAAGAAACGCGUACGGAAUGAGCGAUCCGAGCCCAAGACUGGAACGGCAAAAAAGCAACUGGCAGACCAACAUGGCCAAAUGGCCUUUUCUUAA